GUGAGACUUCAGGGAAGGAGGGAGAACCAUUGGGGGGAAAAAUAUACCGGAGCCCAACGCUUCAAACCAAUCCUGGGCACCUAGUCUUCUCCCUCGGGGUGUGCUGUCUGGCCCUCCCACCGCAAAGCACCGCUGUACCCGUACUCCCUCCCCUCCCUCUUCCCCCCCCUUUCCCCUCCCGCUUUUGAUCUCGAGCUUCCCUAGUCCCUUCCUGCUCGCUCACUCUUCCCCUCUCGCUUCACUCUUCUGCUCCCAUACCCUCCCCUCUACCCUUCCUCUUCAUCUGUCUCCAUCCUGUCCCUCCUCAACAUCUCAAACAAACCAUCUCUUUUCCGGUUUCAAAUCCCCUUGAUACCCUUCAUCGCACCUCAAGAUGUCUGCUAAAUCAAUUCAUGAAGCUGAUGGGAAGGCUAUCCUCAAUUACCAUCUCACUCGUUCCGCCGUCAUCUCUGAAUCUCCAUUGCCUCCCCCUCCUCACAACGCACCGCCAAAGCUUGCUUCCAUCACCUUUCCCGGAGGCUCAUCUCCAGCAGCUAUCUUAGAUGCUGCUGAGCAGCAAUACCCAUGGCUGCUCGAGCAAGGUGCCAAGUUUGUCGCAAAGCCCGAUCAGCUCAUCAAGAGACGUGGAAAGGCCGGAUUGCUAGCAUUGAACAAGAAUUGGGCUGAUUCACGUGCUUGGAUUCAAGAAAGAGCCGGAUCGGAAGUGCAGGUAGAGUCUGUCAAGGGAUACCUGAGAACUUUCUUGGUUGAGCCCUUUUGUCCGCACAAGCCUGAGGAGGAAUAUUAUAUUAACAUUCACUCCGUCAGAGAAGUAAGUCCUCUUUCCAUACUCGUGUUCUCUUGCUGUUUCUUCUCCCAAUGGGCGGGUUUCUUCGAAUCUUCUGCGCUUAGUUGGAGUGGAUGGGUUUGUUUGGCCGUUCGCAAAGCUAUACUCUUUCGGGCGAGCGGAAACAACCCGCUCUCCCUCCCAGAAUAAUGCACCAUUCCGGCACCGGAAGUUCCCUGUAUCAUGUACCUGCAUUAGAACCUGCGAAAGUCGAUUCCAUCCUUUCGCUUAUCAGGUUUUCCAUACCUUAGUACCCUAUAUCAGGAGGAUCUACCCGCAAAAUUCUUGCCCCACCAACCCACUUUUUCCUUUCUACCGGUUCCCACCGAGACCUUUGUUGUCUCCGGGGCCUACGGUGUUGCCUGGAUAUCCGCUAACUUUGAUGACCUAAAGGGUGACUGGAUUCUCUUCACCCAUGAGGGUGGUGUGGAUGUUGGCGAUGUGGAUGCAAAGGCUGAGAAACUUUUGAUUCCGGUUGAUCUGAAACAGUUAGUCUACCUCUGCUCUGACAUGAAAAAAAAACAUUUAAAGGUUCUCUUUCUUGAGACGCACAACUAAUAUUUUACAUAAUACAGAUACCCUUCCAACCAGACUAUUGCGUCCACCCUUCUCAAAAAGGUUCCCUCAGGGGUACACAAUGUGUUGGUCGACUUCAUUACCAGACUAUAUGCUGUCUAUGUCGAUUGCCAAUUUACGUUCGUUCUCCCUCGAAAUUAGAGGGAACUGAGGGCUUUACUUACAAACCUGCGCCUACAGCUACCUUGAGAUCAACCCCCUAGUAGUCAUUCCCAACGAGGACAAGACCUCGGCCGAGGUCCACUUCUUGGAUCUUGCUGCAAAACUCGACCAGACAGCCGAGUUUGAGUGCGGGGCAAAAUGGGCGAUCGCCAGAAGCCCUGCAGCCCUCGGUCUCAGACCAGUUUCCGGAACCAGCAGCACCGUCUCUAUCGAUGCCGGCCCACCAAUUGAAUUCCCGGCUCCUUUUGGACGUGAACUUUCCAAGGAAGAGGCGUAUGUCUCCUCGCUUUAUGCCCUCACGCUAGUUUAGAUUGUGGGGCCGCUUCUAACUCAUGUACUCUCCAGAUACAUUGCCGAACUUGACGCUAAGACUGGUGCUUCCCUUAAGCUGACCGUUCUGAACCCAGUUGGGCGAGUUUGGACUCUUGUUGCUGGUGGUGGUGCCUCAGUAGUCUACGCCGAUGCCAUCGCUUCAUCCGGAUUCUCCAGCGAAUUGGCCAACUACGGAGAAUACUCCGGUGCCCCUACUGAGGGACAAACGUACCUCUAUGCCCGCACUGUCUUUGAUCUGAUGCUGCGAGCUCCUAUCCAUCCAGAUGGCCGUGUCCUCUUCAUUGGUGGCGGUAUUGCCAACUUUACCGUGUGAUCCCCUUGCACUUUUGAACUAGGAAAUCCCACUAAUCAUUUAUAGAAUGUUGCAUCGACCUUCAAGGGUGUAAUCCGUGCUCUUCGUGAGUUUGCUCCUGUGUUCAUUGAGCACAAGGUUCAGAUCUGGGUUCGCCGGGCUGGGCCCAACUACCAAGAAGGCCUGAAAAACAUCAAGAAUGUUGGGCAGGAGUUGAAGCUUGAUAUUCACGUCUUUGGGCCUGAAUGUAUGAAACCCCCUCAACUCUCCUUUGGUCUGAAAGCCCCCUCUAAUUGUCUCACAAUAGGCCACGUUUCCGGUAUUGUUCCAAUGGCACUUCUUGGGAAGAACCCCGGGAACAUCCAGGAGUACUCGGGGUGA